AUGCAGGUCAAUGGAAAAACUGGAAACCUGGGGAACAUCGUUCACAUUGAACGUUUGAAGAACAAGAUCACGGUGACAUCUGAGAAGCAGUUCUCGAAAAGGUAUCUGAAAUACCUCACAAAGAAAUACCUCAAAAAGAACAAUCUUCGUGACUGGCUUCGUGUGGUUGCAUCUGAUAAGGAGACUUAUAAACUGCGCUAUUUCCAGAUCAGUCAAGAUGAGGAGGGAUCAGAAUCUGAGGAAUGAAUUAAGCUCUUA